GCCGGAAAGCACACGCAGAGUCAUGUAGCUGCACGUCCUGCAUCCGCCAUUCAUUUGUUGGUACGCUUCCUUCCCUUCCUUCCCUUCUUUCUGUUCAUUAUCCUAAUCAAUCUAUAAUCUCACACCAAAUCCAAACCCCAAAACGCAAAUUUCACCGAUUUCCCCCAUAACCCAUUUCUUAUUUUCCACCAAAUCCCCAUCAGAACCCCCAAAAUUCACAUCAAUCAGCAGGCUUUCAAUUCUCUCUGGGAUUUUCAGAGCUCUGUAUUUGAAGAGAGAAAGUGGGUAGUCGUCUAAAUGCUAGGUGGGUUGUACGGAGACCUCCCUCCGCCCUCUUCGGCGGAGGAAGAGAAGCCCAGCAACAGCACGGUGUGGUCGAGCAGCACGAAAAUGGCGCCGCAGACACUCCGGAAGCCAGCGUCGAUUUUCGCCCCGCCGCAGACGAUUCUAAAGGCACAGAGCAAGCCUAAAUCAUCGAAUUCCGUGCAGCCGAAAAUUACAGCGUCACCGGUGGUUGCAUUGUCGCCGGCGGUGAUACACGAUGACGUGGCGCGACCUGAGCUGGUUGGGGUGACGUCGACGGUGCUGGAGGAGUAUGAUCCGGCGAGGCCCAAUGACUAUGAGGAGUACAAGAGGGAGAGGAAGAAGAAGGCUAUGGAGGCCGAGAUGAGGCGGGAACUCGAUAGGAGGCGGCAAGAGGAGGAGGAGAAGGAGAGAAGAGAGAAGGAGGAGAGAGAAAGGGAGAGGGAAAGGGAUUUUGGAGAAUCAAGAAACAUUUCGGGUGAGGAAGCCUGGAGGAGGCGUGCGGCGAUGAGCGGGGCAGCAACGCCGUCAGUUCCGAGGUCCCCAUCUCCGCCGAGUAAUCCAGAUGGUUUUACCAUUGGGAAGUCGGACAGUGGAGGGUUGGGGCUUGGGGCUGGCGGCCAAAUGACCGCGGCACAAAGAAUGAUGGCGAAGAUGGGGUGGAAGCAGGGUCAAGGGCUUGGUAGGCAGGAGCAGGGGAUUACCACUCCCUUGAUGGCCAAGAAAACGGAUAGGCGAGCCGGGGUGAUUGUGAAUGCUAGUGAAACAAAGCCGGAGAAGAAGGUGAAGAGUGUCAGCCUUAACGGGCCACCCACCAGGGUUUUGCUGCUUAGAAACAUGGUGGGCCCUGGAGAGGUGGAUGAUGAAUUGGAAGAUGAAGUAGCUUCAGAGUGUGCAAAAUAUGGGACAGUGACCCGGGUGCUUAUAUUUGAGAUAACAGAGCCAAAUUUUCCAGAGAACGAGGCGGUGAGGAUCUUUAUCCAGUUUGAGAGGUCUGAAGAAACGACUAAAGCAUUGGUUGACCUUGAUGGUCGGUAUUUUGGAGGCAGAGUGGUUCGUGCCACGUUCUAUGAUGAGGAGAGGUUCGGUAACAACGAGUUGGCUCCAAUGCCAGGAGAAAUCCCAGGUUUUACUUGAAUUACAGAGUUUCAAAUGCAAGCUUAUUUUCCCGCAUAUGUAGUUACUGAGAAAGAUAAGGUAGGCUUUGAUUUCGACAUUGCCACUAACGACAUGUGUUGCUAGCAGUGUUAGUGGAAUUCAAACUCUGGUAGUAGCUUUAUUUUUGUGAUUGGAUCAAGCUUAUUUAACACUGUAACUGUACAAUCACAUAAAAGGUGGUUACUGCUCUUAGAAUGCUUGACCAAUUCCUUGUGCCACAAGGGUUUUUUCUU